AGCCAUGAACAUGCUGAGUCAAGCUGAGGAGAGGUAUAAUGACCUGAUGAAGAAGAAGAGGAUCGUGGAGAAUGACAAGUCGAAGAUCCUCCAGACCAUCGAGGAGCUGGACCAGAAGAAGAAGGAGGCCCUCAACAUCGCCUGGCAGAAGGUGAAUAAAGACUUUGGUAGUAUCUUCUCCACCCUGCUGCCGGGGGCUGAUGCCCGCCUGGCCCCCCCUGAAGGCUGUGGGGCCCUUGAGGGCCUGGAGUUCAAGGUGGCUCUGGGAAACACAUGGAAGGAGAACCUCACUGAACUCAGCGGAGGACAGCGGUCUCUGGUAGCCCUGUCUCUGAUCCUGGCCAUGCUGCUGUUUAAACCAGCUCCUAUCUACAUAUUGGAUGAGGUGGAUGCUGCCCUGGACCUCUCCCACACGCAGAAUAUAGGACAGAUGCUGAGAACACACUUCACACACUCCCAGUUUGUGGUGGUGUCUCUGAAGGAUGGCAUGUUCACCAACGCCAACGUUCUGUUCAAGACUAAGUUCGUAGACGGGGUGUCCGCCGUGUCCCGUACCACCCAGGCCCAACCAGACCAGAACCAGACCCACAAGGGACAGCGACAAGGCCCGUCUCAAAGGCCGCAGGCACGAAAAACUCACCGCUAACGUCUGUAGCUAGCGAGGGGCUUACUGAUGCUAGAGGUUUCUACGUGUCUGUUUGGGUUCAUCACCAAAGCGUUUCUAUGGUUAUUUUGCUGUCCAUUCCACUAGCCAGGGCGCUAGCCUUUUGGCUUAACAUAAUGAAACCUAAAUAUAUGGCAAUUAUACUUUUGUCUGUGUGUCUGAAAUCUACUGUUCCGCACCAUAUGUGAGUAUUUUAAUGUCUGUUCCUUUCUUCACUGUCUUGGGGGGGUGGGGGGGGACAUGUUUCUACAGCGGAAUUUGUAAUCCAGUAAAUGUGUUUCUGUUUAAAAUAAAGCUGCUUUCACAUAAAGAC